UUUCCUUCUCGGGGUUUACCUUUUCCACAAAUCUCUUACGAACAUGACGAAUUCUCGUAUCCAUAGGUUCAUCAUGGAGGUUGCACCACCGGAGUUUGUUAGCGUGAUGAGGCAAAGAAGGAGGACGAUGUUGGACACCAUUAGUGAAGACGAUAGAGAUGGCAGCUACGCCGAUACUUCGAUCCCUGCAGCGGCUGCUGCUGCUAGUUUUACUUCUUCAUCUUCUUCAGCCACUACCGUGAUGGCUCGCUACACGAAUUUUUUUAUGUAGGUCUAUAUGUAUGUAUGUAGA